AUGCUUUUAUAUAUGGCUGCCUUGGAGGUUACCAAGAGUAAUGUGGGGACUUCUACGGUUAGGUUUGGUAUUGGAGAACCUACAGCUGCGGCAAUUGCCAAUGCAGUUGCUGGCUUGAGUGCAGCCAUGGCAGCUCAACUUGUGUGGACCCCAAUUGAUGUUGUGAGCCAGAGGUUGAUGGUUCAAGAUGGUUAUAAUUCCAGUAAUCCUAAGGCUUCAGCUUGUCGAUAUGUCAAUGGGAUUGAUGCCUUCCGGAAAAUUCUUAGCACAGAUGGCCCUAGGGGCUUGUAUAGAGGUUUUGGGAUAUCAAUCUUGACCCAUGCACCUUCCAAUGCAGUUUGGUGGGCUUCAUAUUCUCUUGCACAAAGGAUGGUUUGGGGUGGAGUUGGGUACUACUUGUGCAAGAAAAGUGAGGAGAGGAGUGACACUGCAACUAAUGUUAAUGCUAGUGCUAGUGCUAAUGCUUUGAGGCCAGAUACAAAAACAGUAAUGGCAGUUCAGGGACUCAGUGCAGCAAUGGCUGGUGGCAUGUCUGCUUUGAUUACCAUGCCACUGGAUACAAUCAAGACAAGACUGCAAGUCUUGGAUGGUGAUGAGAAUGGCCGUCGCGGACCAACAGUUAUGCAGACGGUGAGGAGUCUGGUUAAGGAAGGUGGCUGGAUGGCUUGUUACAGAGGAUUGGGACCUCGAUGGGCUUCAAUGUCAAUGUCUGCAACGACAAUGAUCACAACCUAUGAGUUCCUAAAAAGGCUUUCCGCAAAGAAUCAAGAGGUUUUGACAUGAUGAAUGAUAGGUUUAUAAUAACAAAAAGGAAAACAAAGAGAAGAGGAUGGUUUUUUCCUCUCUUCUUUGCCUAAAUUAUGUUCUUAGCUUCUCUCAACUUGUCUAGGUUAUCUCUUCUCUUUGAGCUUGCCAGCAUGACUGCUUGAUCAAUGUAAGUCAUUGCAGUUUAUCCUAUAUAAAUAAAAAAUUUCU